AGAGAGAGAGAGAGAGAGAGAGAGAGAGAGAGAGAAGUCGAGGUCCCUCAGCUCACAUCAGUCAGUGUGUAUUGAACUCAAGGUAGAGGGAAUGAAGUUAUCACUGUAAUUUUAAAAUACGGCUCUCAGUUCAGGGACACAGGAUGCUGCCGGUGUUGUGGACAACUUUACGCACGUCAUCGCGCACGUGAAGUCGGAAGAAAAACAUUAAUGGAUGCAUAAUUUUUUUUUCUAAACCAUGCAUUAGAUUUUUUAGGAUUUUUUUUUCUAAUUUCUAGUCGUAUCAGUGUACAAGCGUCAUGCGUAUUGCAGUGUGCUUCGGAUAGACAAUGCGCGCUUCAGGAUGGGAGCGAAUAACGGCAAACAGUGCGGAAGUGAAGGUAAAGGAAGCUCCAGCAUUUCUUCCGACGUGAGCUCCGGCACCGAUCAUACACCCACUAAAGCUCCCAGGAAUGUAACUGCCAGUGAAGUUUUCAGAUUGCUGUCUGCUGUCCCAGCAAAGACAUUUUGCCCCCCUGGAGAGAGAAUCUGUGUAUGUCAUCAUGACCUGGCAACCAAUCAACAUGGUCUCGGGUCAUGUCUGGAAUAUAAAUCUACACGACAAGAUUACCUGAUCAUGAGGACACAUAGCACCAAGAGUUCUGCUGUCAUCCUGAACUUGAGUCCUUCUCAUCUUUCUCCUCAAACUCUUCCCAAUGGAUAUGAGUCUCCCUCCUCAUCCCCAUCUCCAUCACCAUCUCCCACCAUUCCUAGAGAAACUGUUGCUAUAGUCCAUGCUCCUCCAGGAAACUGCAAAAAAGCCUCCAAACCUCACUCCAAUGCACACAUUGAAUUUCUUCCAGACCCCAUCUUGUUGCAGAUCUUUGCUCACCUGUCUACACCACAACUGUGUCAUUGUGCCCGAGUGUGCCACCGCUGGUACAGCCUGGCCUGGGACCCACGUCUCUGGAGAACCAUCCGACUAAGCGGAGAACUACUCCAUGCCGACAGAGCCCUGAAAGUCCUCACUCAGCGUCUGUGCCAGGACACCCCCAAUGUCUGUCUCACACUGGAGAUGGUGGUAGCGAGCAGAUGCCCGAAGCUGUCUGAUCGUGGCCUGCGCGUGCUAGCUCAGUGUUGUCCUGAGUUACGGCACCUUGAAGUGGCAGGCUGUUAUAACAUUUCUAACGAGGCAGUCUUUGAUGUUGUGUCCCGGUGUCCUAACCUUGAGCACCUGGAUGUCUCUGGCUGCCCUAAAGUGACAUGUAUAAAUCUGACCCAGGAGAGUUCACUUCCUCUCUCUCCACUCCACGGACAGCAGAUUGGCCUGCGUUAUCUGGACAUGACAGACUGCACAUCUCUGGAGGAUGAAGGCCUACGUGCCAUUGCUCUUCACUGCCCGCUCCUCACUCAUCUCUAUUUGCGCCGCUGCACCUGGCUGACAGAUGAAGCCUUGCGCCAGCUGACUCUUCAUUGCCCUGCACUGCGCCAGCUCAGCCUGAGUGACUGCCAUUUACUGGGUGACUUCGGCUUGCGUGAGGUGGCCCGUAUGGAGGGUCAGCUCCGCCAUCUGAGUGUGGCACACUGCAGCCGCAUCACUGAUGUAGGCAUGCGCUAUGUGGCACGCUACUGUCCACGUCUGCGCUACCUGAAUGCUCGGGGCUGUGAAGGCAUCACGGAUCAGGGCCUAAACCAUCUUGCUCGUGGCUGCCCUAAGCUGCGGGCGCUGGACGUGGGCCGAUGCCCAUUGGUGUCAGACAUGGGACUUGAGGUGUUGGCACGUUGUUGCACUGGGCUCAGACGGCUCAGUCUAAAAGGAUGUGAGAGCGUAACUGGCAGAGGGUUAAAGGCAUUAGCUACAGGAUGUCCUGAACUGCAGAUGCUCAAUGUACAGGAGUGUGAGGUGCCUGCGGAGGUGCUGCGGCUGAUACGACGCCACCGCAGACGCUGUGUGAUUGAACACACCAACCCGGCUUUUUACUGAGCACACAGGGGUCUUCUGACAAGCGGUUUACUUACCGCAGCUUUAUGGUUGAUUGAUCUCAAGCGUGUGCAAGGCUUUAGAUGACAAGGUGUGCAAUAUGUCUGUAAUAAUAAUUACCUUGCCACUACAUUAUGUGUUUAAUAGUAUUUAUCUGAUAAAAAAGGUUACUGCUAUUCUAUCUAAUGUCUAUUGUCUGACUAGUUUUGACAGAUGUUAUGUCACAAAAGCUUUAAUUGAAGUGCCGGGUCUAUGGCAUUACCACUGUUCAAAGGUACUUUUCUUUUGUUUUAAUCUAAUACAUCAAUGUUUUUUUUAAUUAUGUUUUACAUAUUUUUAUGUAUAAUACUGUUUUGUGGUUAUUUGCACUUUAAAAUUCAUAUAUGACUAUAGCGUUGCAUUAAGAAGCUUUUUAAAAACCAUUUUCAAACUUCUUUUGUCUCUUACUAUCAAAUGGGCUGUUGUGCCUUUUAGACCAAUAUAUGUAAAUAACCUCUGUUCUGAUUGGCUUGCUUGUGACAUGUAAAAUAUUAUGGAAAUAUAAGUGAGUGAAUUGGUCACCUUAAGCCACCAUUAGAGUCAACUAUUACAAAGUUGUAGAAAUGUCCAGAUAAGCCUGUGAAUAUUGACUUUAAAUUAGACUUAAACAUCAGUAGCCCAGAUUAAACUGUAAAACCUCUCCGUCCUACGAAAGUCAGGAAGUUUUACAAUUUUACGAAACUUAUUAAACAGAUUAAAAUAGUAUAUAUUUUUUUAUAACAUAUGUUCCUCAAAACAAAAGUCCCUCUCCUUUCUCAUUUCCAGAUCCUUUAAGGUUAGGGAACAACAAAAAAGUUUAGCUGUGUUUUUCUGUGUUUGCCAACAUCCUCUGUUAUAUCAGAAUCAGAAUCAGGUUUAUUGGCCAAGUGUGUUUACACACACAAGGAAUUUGGUUCCAGCUGUUUGUGACUCUUAAAAGUAUAUAUUAGCAUAUGUAAAUGCCUUCAUGGUAGUGAUGUCACAUGCUGACACAGGAUGCAUUUCAGUUUCUAUAUAUUAUAUUAUAUAUCAACGUCAACAUGGUACAACAAACUGAUAAAAAAGCAUGUAACAUCUAGUUUUCUAUAAUAUGUGUCCUUUACAUGCCCCUAAUAAUUAAGGCAAUAAAAGAGCUUGGCUAUAAUCAGUGUUGUAGAGUUGUUGGUUGAAAGGGAUCAGUGAUACGACAAAGUACUGCUGCUACAAAUAAAGGGCUACUUAUUUAACAUG